UCCAGAGUCCAGAGGUCAACAACAGACCUCUUCGUGUUUAUCGGACUGCUGGUCAAGUCUGUACCAGGUUUAAUCUUGGUCUGUGCUAGACUCAGCAGACUGUUAGCCGAAGGCGAGUUUAAUCUACGUAGACCCAGCUGUAAAACCAAAAAGUUUUUGUUUCUGUAAGGAUUAUAAUGCACCAAUGACAACAUGGUUUAUGUUUUCAUUUUCUUGGAUUGAGAUAAAAAGAAAAAAAUAUUUAGCAACAGGUUUCAGAUGUGUAUCGCGUUACGAUAUAAAUAAUUAAACGAACAUAAAAUUCAGCAGAACAUAUUUAUGUAAUUUCUUUCUAUCACUAUAUACACCAGAAAAUUAUAAACGACAGAAAGUUCAGUUAGUGUUAAAUGGUGAAAAUCUAAAUAUAAUAAACCCGAGUUAAGUAUCUAAACACCUUGAGGAGAAAUUCUAAAUCAAGAGUGAAAAUCCAAGGAGAGCGUUAGUGUCAUAAACCUGGAAUCUACUGAUAAAUGCGCAGGGAAAGAAAACUAAUAUGAAGACCCCCAAAACACCCGAUAAAGUCAAGCCGUCGCAGUUUUCUAAGUUUCUGCCUGAGUACUUAGAGUAUGCAGAGCGCAUUCGUAAAACACUCUAUUAUGGAAAGUUGCCGUCAACUGACCGUCCAUCGUUGCCUUUUACAGGCUUAUCGGUGGAGAAGUUCAGCGAGUUGUGUCGUCAGGAUGGGCUCGAUCGGCUAGAUAUGCGCUAUGCAUCAUCUGUGUGUUAUGAUGCUUGUGUUACUCCAUGCUCACUUAUUCUGGCUCUGAUGUACAUUGACCGUCUGAGAACAAACAAUCCGGAAUAUUUAGCUACGACUUCACCUUCACAAGUCUUCAUAGUAGCACUGUUGGUUGCCAGCAAGUAUUUGUAUGAUGAUGGAGAAGAGGAUGAAGUCUUCAAUGAUGAAUGGGCCACGUCGGCAGCUGUUUCAUUGGCUGAACUCAACCAGGCAGAAAGGGACUUUUUAGUGGCUAUUGACUGGAACCUGUUUGUGGAUGCUGACACAUUUCUCACUGCUUUCAAACGAGUGGAGAGCGAUGUUGCUUGGCGGGAGGGUGCUAAAAGAGGCUAUUUCACGUACACUGACCUGAUAUCUAUGUCCCAAGUGAUUCCUGCAUCAUGUACAUCUGUUAUUAACCUGGUCAGUCAAGUGUUUGCCGUUUGCCUCGUUGGUUAUACAGCUGCUGUCGUGAGUGUCAUUGCAGGCACAUUGUUAGCACAGGAGUGUUCUCAGCAACUGACAACUGUUGUAAGUCAAUUGACAUCUGACAUACUGGCAGGCAAUGACACCUCAGGGCAGAGCUUAGAAACUUCAAUGUUUUUACCAUCUUCACACAUCACAGACACACUACAGGAGCUAACAGGUGAUCCAGAAGACAGUGUGGAUGAUGGUGAGGAGGGCAAUAUCACUAUUCCAGGAAUGCCUCCCCAUGCGCUCACAACGCUCACCACAUCGAUCUUACUUGCCAUCUCAUCACCAGGCCUACCUCAUCAACGUCAGGUAUCAGGUGGGAAGAAAAGCUGCCCUUCUUGCCCACCAGUAGCUGUUGAUGAAAUGGCAUGUGAAGAGGGCUUCAGUGAAUUCAGUUCUGAUGACUUCAGUCCAGCAGAUGUUCGUCUCAGUUUUACUACUGGAGCUUUUUGGCCACCUUCGAGUCAGAGAUUCAACCAAUUUGGUGUAAAUUCCCUGGAUCUUACUGUAGAUGUUACAGAUGCAAACAUACGUUAUCAGAAAGAUGACUGGGUUUAUUCCAAUCCUUGGGUGAUUCCUUGGCUCUCAUGGCAUGUUUCACCAGUGUAUGGGUUGAUUCACAAUUUCUCUGGCAUAGGUGCGCCAAACAUGGGUGGAACAAGAAAGGGGGAUUACAGUGUGUUUGAAUGGCUGGCUUGGAUGGGUGAAUUGGUGAACAACGUUCUGGAUGACAUGGUGCCUGAUCCUCCUAUUCCUCAGCUACCCCCAACCCCUCUCCUCAGUCGCAUUGCUGUGGCUGUGUCCUAGCAACCUGUACUUGUGCCUUGGUUCUCUGAAAUGGCUUUUGACAUGAUUAUUGAUCUUUUAACUUCAUUUCUUUUACAAGAGCUGAAUUCUGAUUUUCAUUUUGAUGAUGGUUUCCCAUCUAACUGGAAAUAUGUUAUUACCAGGGUAAAAUAUUAGAAUAUGACUGAAUUACUAUCAUCUUAAUGUAUCUCACAAAAUGGGCUAACCUUGGAUUUUGCUUUAGAAAUUUCAAGAUUACAGUAACUUGAAAAAUGUGCUAUCAAUGAUUCUAGAACCCCUGUGGAUAGCUUGGUUCGUGUGGUAGAGCUAUGUUGAUCUCUUGAUAUUUAUUAUUCCUAAAAAUUGGAAGGUCAUUUUUAUGUGCUAUAAUGUAUAAGGAAAAAUAACGAUAUUUGAAUUCCUUCAGUAUGAAAUAGUUAUUAUUUUCUUAUUGGUCUGAUAAGCUUAUAUAGAAAGAAAAAGAUUUUUGCUGGGCUCCAGAGCAUAUAACUGUAGUAGAUCUGGUGAUCUUCAGUUCUUGAUGCCAAGAAACUAGUUGGACAUUGCGCAUGAAACAUUUCUAUGACAGUUCCCAAUUUCUAGUUUUUGCCUUUUAGAGGUAGAUUUCCCUUUCAUUAAGUAAUAUAUGGAAGUAAUUUAUUUUCAGGUUCUCGUUAAUCUAUUAUUUAUUUUGUUUACUGCAAGUUUAAAUGUUGUAAGAGAUGAUUGAAAAUUGUACUCUUAAAUUGAAAGAAAGUUGGAAGUUGUGGGGUCUAAGAAGUUUUUCCAGUUUUUCACAUAUUACUUUCUUAUAUUCUAAUAUUUCUUCCUGAAAAACUUUAUCUUGGAUUUUUACCCCUUUGACACUUGUUCCGUCUUUUGCUUAUCUUGAGGGUAAAUCUCAUGUUUGAUUACAGUUGAUAGAGUCACCUGAAUUAAAAAGAAAGAUGUUAUAGGUUUUGUUGGAUCGAAUAAAAUGUGUCAUGUGGUGUAUGGUUUUCCAGCAAUUAUUGUUUUAAAAAAAAGAGAGAGAGAGAGAGAGAGAGAGA